AUGUACCAUCUCCGCCUCAUCCUCCUAGCCGUGGUAUCUCUCAUCUCUUCCUCUAUCUCUCAGCCAUAUACUCCCUCAGCGAUUCUGAUCGACUGCGGCGCUUCUUCCUCCUCGACUAUCGGCGACCGGAGAUGGAUAUCCGACGAGAACCUAAUCUCCAGCGGAACACCGAAGAACGUCUCCGAUCAAGUCCUCGACGAGAUAUUACUCACCGUCAGAUCCUUCCCGCUUAGCCUCGACGGCGGCACUCGUCACAAGUUUUGCUACGUGAUGAGCGUCUCCCGCGGCUGGAAGUACAUGAUCAGGACGACCUACUACUACGGAGGAGUUAACGGGAAAGCCACUCCGCCGCCGGUAUUCGAUCAGAUUGUCGACGGCACCUUCUGGGGCGUCGUCAACACCACCGCCGAUUACGCCGACGGCCUCGCCUCUUACUACGAAGGGGUUUUUCUCGCUCAGGGAAAAUCAAUCAGCGUCUGCAUUGCCACCAACUCGUACACCACUUCCGAUCCCUUUAUCUCAGCCUUGGAGGUCAUCAGGCUAGAUGGUACUCUUUACAAUUCCACCGACUUCACCAUUUCCGGCCUUAGCCUUGUUGCUAGGCAUGCGUUUGGAUACAGCGGACCAAUCAUCAGGUUUCCAGAUGAUGAGUUUGAUAGGUUUUGGGAGCCGUAUUCACUAAACUCGACGGUACCAAACAACCGGAAACUAGAGGUUUCUGGUUUCUGGAACCUACCGCCAUCGAGGAUAUUCAACACGGAUCUAAGAGCUGCUCAGGUUCAGCCUCUGGAGUUCACAUGGCCACCAAUGCCCUUGAAAAACUCCGUUUACUACAUUGCGUUGUAUUUUGCGCAUGAUUCUGACUCGUUGGGAGAUGGGUCAAGAGUCUUCGAUGUCUCUGUGAAUGGAAUCACAUAUUAUAAAGAGCUGUCCGUCACUCCAGCUGGUGCGGUUAUCUUUGCGAGUAAGUGGCCUCUUGAAGGUCUCACAACGUUGACUCUGAGUCCUAGGAGUGGUUCAAGCCUUGCUCCUCUUAUCAAUGGUGGUGAAAUGUUUGAGUUGAUAUCUCUUGGAGGGAGAACUCUUGUUCGAGAUGUAACUGCUCUGAAUGCAAUUAAAAGCAGUUUCCAGAACGCACCAGUUGAUUGGAAUGGAGAUCCUUGUAUGCCUCAAAAUUACUCGUGGUCUGGAGUAACUUGCACUGAAGGUCCCAGAAUUCGUGUAAUCGCUUUGAACUUGACUAGUAUGGGACUCUCAGGCUCGCUAGCACCUGAAGUUUCCAAAUUAACAGCAUUAUCCUCCAUUUGGCUGGGAAACAAUUCACUCUCGGGAAGUAUACCUGACUUGAGUUCACUCAAAUAUCUGGAAUCAGUGCAUUUGGAAGAUAACAGUUUCAGUGGAAAUAUUCCUACAUUUUUCGGUGGAGUGCCGCACUUGAGAGAACUGUUCUUGCAAAACAAUAACCUAACAGGCCAAAUUCCAAACAAUCUUCUUCAAAAGCAAGGACUUGAUCUAAGGACUUCUGGUAAUCCCUUUUUGACUCAACCGCCAAGUUGA